AUGAUCUAUGCUUCUGAUAAGGCUCACCCACACAGGAAUGGAGAUACAAUUGUGGGGCUUGAGCAGAUUAUGCCGCUUGAUUCUUAUAUUCCUUCUCCCUUUACUUUCCAUUCUUCUUUUAAGAUUAUUGAAACAUAUCUUUUGGUUUUGAUCCUUUGCUUUUCAGAUGGCAAAACAUGCUGUCUUCACUUUACUGAACUGAGUUUGAAUGAUGCUUUCAUUGAUAUUUUUGAGUCACAUAUAGAAGUCAAAUUGAUAUUGUACACAAGGGAAAUUAUAACCUGUGCUCAGCCUCUUUUUACAGUGAAUUUUGUACUUAAUAAUGAGUUCAAACACACCAAGAAAACAGUUUGGAUUAUUCAUGGAUAUAGGCCAUUUGGCACAAACCCAGUAUGGCUUCAAAAAUUAACAAAAAUUUUGCUAUCUUUAGAAGAUCUGAAUGUAAUCAUAGUUGAUUGGAAUCAUGGUGCUACAACUUUACUUUGUGAAAGAGCCAUACGAAGAAGCUGGACAGUUGCUGAAAUAUUGAAAGAGUAUGUUAAAAGGAUGAUGAAAUAUGGAAUUCCUCUUCAGUCUUUUCAUUUCAUAGGAGUGAGCCUUGGGGCUCAUAUAUCAGGAUGUGUUGGAAGCCUAUUUAAUGGUCAACUUGGGAGAAUUACUGGUAACAUUGACCCAGCAGGACCAGGUUUCAAUAAUAUGCCAAGAAAAAUGAGAUUAGAUUAUACAGAUGCACAAUUUGUUGAUGUCAUCCAUUCUGAUAUUAAUGGUCUUGGUAUCAGCCACUCUAUUGGACAUAUAGAUUUUUAUCCUAAUGGAGGAAAAAAACAACCUGGCUGCCCCAAAUCAGUAUUUUCAGGUAGAUCUUUUUCAAUUUUAACUUAG